AUCCUGCUCUUCGACGGCGUCUGCCUGCUCUGCUCCACCUUCGUCCACUUCCUCCUCGACCACAACGCCGACCAGCGGAUCCAUUUCUGCGCGCUGCAGUCGACUCAUGUUGGGUGGGCCGCUCCUUUGAUUAGGCACGGGCUGCCGCUCGAUGUGUCGACGGUGGUGCUCAUCGACGAGUGCGGCGCCCACGUGCGCUCUUCGGCCGCGCUGCGCACGCUGCGCCACUGCGGCGCGCCCUACUGCUUCCUCUACGCCCUCGCGGCGCUGCCCCGCCCGCUGCGCGACUUUGGCUACCGCAUGGUAGCCGCGAGCCGCUACAGGCUCUUUGGCAAGGACGACGGCUCCGCGUGCCGCCGCAUGACAAAGGCGGUGCGCGCGCGGUUCCUGUCGACGUGA